UUUUCAAUUUUUUUUUUUGAUUUUUCAUAUUAAUUUUUUUUCCCCAAAAGUUUAAAUUCCAUUCAAUUCCCACCCCUAUCCACAAGCAGUCAAUCCUAUUCAUUCUAGAUAGCUAGACCAAUUCAAACAAAUCCCUAUCUAUAUUUUUAUAUACUAAUCAACAUAUUAAGAAAACCUCUAAUAAUAAAGCACAAAUAGUCAAAAAUCCAUCAUCACUCCGAAAUAUCCAAAAAUCCACGAGGCUAAAACCGUCAUUUCACAUCUGCAAUUUCUGUACGCGCAAAAUCGCAACUCCCCACUAUUUACGAAUAAACCUUCCCUUCUAUUUCACACACUAACACACCACCCAAAACACACACACUUCGUCUUCGACCAAUUUUCUCUGCAAAUCAAACCAUUUUUUCUCUGCAGCGGAGAAGAAAUCAAAAACUUGAAAUUCAGCUCCGAUUAUUCAAAUUUACAGUUCGCCCCCCGCAUUAAUAAGCAUUUAAUUUUCCUCCCCACCAGUAUCAACUGCUCCCCCCUCCCAUUUAAUUUUUCCGCCAUUAAUGCUUUCUCCACAAGUCAACUUUUUCAUCAUGCUGAAAAGCUUUUGAUCCUUUUUCCCCCAAUUUCCAACUCCACACACACACACACACACAAUGAUUCUUCUAUUCCACCAAAUCAUCACUCCGCUGCUCGUAAUUUCAAUUCUACCCCUCUAUUCGUUUUCACAGAGCGCCAAUUCAUCUGCGUGCAAUCAAUUAUGCGGCGGAAAACGUGUUCAAUACCCAUUCGGAUUCACCGACGCGUGCAGAAUCAAGCUGAAUUGCAGCACCGCCUCCGAGAAAAUCGAAAUCAGCGGCUUCGAUGUGCGUAACGUGACCUCCGAUCAGAUUCUGGUCAGCCUCCCGGCAAAUUGCAGCCGUCCGAUCGGGGAGCUGUCGAAGCUCUUCGGGCCGAACUUCGCGCCCACGUGGCGCAACGGGCUUCUGUUGGAGAACUGCAAUGUGCCGAUCAACGACUGCGUGAUCCCUCGACGAUUGCUCAGCUCUCGGAUCAAGUUCGAAAAAUGCGAUUUCGGCGCAAAAAAUGAUAAUUAUAAUAAUAUUAGCUGUUAUUCGGGUGGGCCCGAUGAUACGGCUGAGUUUUUGGAUUAUGAGGAAGUGGGGAAGAAAGGGGAUUGCGGUGUUCUUCUUUCUUCGAUAAUGGUGGAUUUGAGUGACGACGCGAGUAGCUUUAGUGGCAGCACUUCGAUUGCGAUGAAUUUUCAGAUGUUGGAGCUCGGGUGGUGGGCUGAUGGGAAAUGUGAUUGUGAUCCUAAUGCCGAUUGUAAUAAGGUUGAUUACGGAAGUACGAUAGGGUUUCGUUGCAAGUGUAGAGAAGGAUUCGUCGGAGAUGGUUUUUCCGAUGGGAGAGGUUGCCGGAGAGUAUCCGAUUGUGGUGCUCGAAGAUACAUGUCCGGCCGAUGUGGCGGAUCUCGAGUUGGCAUUCUUAUCGGAGGGAUUAUUGCCGGAGCGUUGUUGAUGGUUGCUCUAGCGGUCAUCUACUACUGCGUGAGGAGACGCAACGCAACUCUAAAGAGCCGAUUAAGCACAAAGCGCCUCAUAAGCGAAGCGGGGGGAAACCCAAGUGUACCGUUCUACCCCUACAGAGAAAUCGAGAGGGCCACGUUUGGCUUCUCCGAAAAACAAAGACUCGGAAUUGGUGCCUACGGCACCGUUUACGCGGGAAAGCUCCACAACAACGAGUGCGUAGCCAUCAAGAAACUAAGAUACCGUGACCAUGAAAGCAUUGACCAAGUCAUGAAUGAAAUAAAGCUACUAUCCUCCGUGAGCCACCCCAAUUUGGUCCGCCUCUUGGGUUGCUGCAUCGAAAAUGGGGAACAAAUCCUCGUUUACGAGUACAUGCCGAACGGGACCCUCUCUCAGCAUCUGCAGAGAGAGAGGGGCUCCGUUCUCCCGUGGACCGUGCGGCUCACGAUAGCCGCCGAGACGGCCCACGCUAUCUCACACCUCCACUCGUCCACGAACCCUCCAAUUUACCACCGAGACAUAAAGUCGAGUAAUAUUCUAUUGGAUUUCAAUUUCAACUCGAAAGUUGCCGAUUUCGGCCUCUCGAGAAUCGGCAUGACCGAUGACUCACACAUUUCGACGGCCCCACAAGGCACACCCGGGUACGUGGACCCGCAAUACCAUCAAAACUUCCAUCUUUCUGACAAGAGCGACGUGUACAGCUUCGGAGUCGUGCUAGUGGAAAUAAUCACCGCCAUGAAAGCGGUUGACUUUUCGCGGGCCCACAGCGAGGUCAAUUUGGCCGCCCUCGCCAUUGACCGGAUCGGAAAAGGGCGGGUCGACGAGAUAUUCGACCCGUUUCUCGACCCGAAUCGGGACGCGUGGACGUUAUCGUCAAUUCACAAGGUUGCUGAACUGGCGUUUAGGUGCCUCGCUUUUCAUAGGGAUAUGAGGCCCUCGAUGGUGGAGGUGGCGGAUGAGCUCGAGCAGAUCAGGCUCAGCGGGUGGGCCCCAUUGGACGAGAAUGUUAUGGGAUCUUCGGUGGCAUCUUCUUGUUCGUCGCCUUACGAGGGGAGUGAGAGAUCGUUAAAUAAGAAGGUUGGGGUGGGGAGUAGGAGGUUGGUUGUUCCGGUGAAGGCGCCAGGUGGCACACUGCCAUUGGUGGAGGAGAGUUCGCCGGUUUCUGUACAGGAUCCUUGGCUGAGUGAACAGAGCUCACCAUCAACUAACAGCUUGUUGGGUAAAGGAGCUCGGUUAGGCUGAAUAUUUUUUGCUUCUUUUUUGAACCUUUAUUUGUGUAUACAUGUGAUCUUUUUUUAGUCAUUUUUUGGUCCAAAAGAACUGAAAUUUGAAAAUUAGAA